AUGGCGCAUCCUCCUCAUUCCCAUGACAACAAGAGCUAUCAGCCCGAAGAAGUUGAACCCCAAUCGGUAAAUUACAGCUCUACUACCGCCACCACAACCACCACCACCGCGCUUCCCCUGACACAAGAAGAAAUGUACAACAACAUUACCCCCAAUACGCAAUCGAUAAACCCUCAUACGAUAUCAAGCACCGCUAGCCAUCAACAUCAACAAGAACAAGAACUACUUUCGGAAUACACGGUGCCCAAUCCGCCAGUUUCAACAACACAAUCAAAUGCGGUUGCGGCGGAGCAAGAACUGAUAAGUGGUGGAAGUGGUGGAAGUGGUGGAAGUGGUAGUAGUGGAGGGGCCGUAAUAGAGCAACCUAGAACUUUAUGGAUGGGUGAUUUGGACUCGUGGCUAGAUGAACAACAAAUAACCGAUCUUUGGUGGAAUUUGCUCAAAAAGAAAGUUGGUGUAAAAAUUAUUAAACCAAAAGCAUUGAAACUUGAUCCACAAUUGCAAGGAUUGACCAAUUCGGGUUAUUGCUUUGUUGAAUUUGAAUCAUUUGAAGAUGCACAACAAGCAUUGAGCUUGAAUGGACAGUUGUUGCCGGAUAUCGCCAUGCCUUCACAACAACUAUACCCGAAUAAUCCGGAUAAUCAGAAAAAGUACUUUAGGUUGAAUUGGGCUAGUGGUGCAACAUUGAGUGCGCCCAUUGUUCAAAUGCCAGAAUAUUCAUUGUUUGUUGGUGAUUUGUCAGCAUCUACUACUGAAGCUCAUUUAUUGGCGUUUUUCCAAAAGAGGUUCCCCAAUUCAAUCAAAACUGUGAGGGUUAUGACCGAUCCGAUAUCAGGGAAAUCAAGAUGUUUUGGAUUUGUUAGAUUCACUGAAGAGCUGGAAAGACAAAGAGCAUUGACGGAAAUGAAUGGGGUUUGGUUUGCUGGAAGACCUUUACGUGUAGCUCUUGCCACACCCAGAAGCACAAAUUAUCGCAAGUUUAGCAAACCAAAUAAUAGCCACAACAACAGUACUAAUAUCCCAUUUGCGCCCCUGCAUGGUGGUUAUUAUAGUCCAGACCCUGGUUCUGCAGCUGCGGCGGCGGCAGCGGCGGUGGCAAUGCCACCAGAAAUGAUGUUUAUUCCACCUGGCGCACCACAACCGCAAAUUGGAGGUAGUCCGUUGUUUGGUUACUUCAAUUCAAUGGGUAAUGAUCGAUCUCCUGGUGCAAUGCAGUUGCCACCAGAUUUUGACAAUAAUUUUUCGGUCCAUGAUCCACAAAGUGAAGGACAGCCUUUUAUGCCUCAAUCGUUACCGUUUCUGCCUCUCCAAACUCUUCCGCAGCUGCUGCAACAACAACAACAACAACAGCAGCAGCAGCAACAACUACUGCAACUACAGCAACACCCACAGAUACUGCAACCACAAUUUUCUGAUCCAAACAAUACAACUGUCUUUGUCGGUGGGUUAUCAUCGGAGGUUACAGAAGCAACAUUGUUUACAUUGUUCAAGCCUUUUGGGGUUAUUCAACAAAUUAAGAUCCCUCCAGGUAAAAAUUGUGGGUUUGUCAAGUAUUCUACACGAGAAGAAGCAGAGAGGACGAUUGCAGCCAUGCAAGGGUUUAUAAUUGGUGGCAAUAGAGUCAGAUUGAGUUGGGGUAAAGUGUCAGUGAAUAACAAAAAGUAUCAACGACAGCAACAGCAGGUUGCACAAGCUGCCCAAAUGCAAGUAGCGGCGGCAUUGUCCAUGGGUAUGGAUCCAGCUUCAGCCAUUGCCGCUGCUGCUGCUGCCGCUGCUGGUGGGUUUCCUCCUCCUGUGAUGCCUCAGUCACAUCCACAUCAGGUUCCACCACAUAUGCUUGGUCCCGGUCCUGGCCCUGGUCCUGGUCCUCAAAUAAACAUGCCACCGAUUCCGCCUCCGCCGUCUAUGGGUAUACAUGUUGCAGGACAUCAAUAUGCUCCUUCAUAUGAUAGUAACAUUCCACCACAAUCAUCGGAGGAAGGGGAAUCUAUAGAAACAUCAAGCACAAGAGCGGGAGUGGGGACCGGUGAGAGUGAACCUUCCUAUACAAGUACUCCCGUAAAGGGAAGUGGCAAGGAAGAUGAAGUUGCAAGUCGACGUGGUCCACCUGGUGAUAAAUCUUUUCUGUAUGGAUAUCAUGGGGAACAGCAGCAGAACGAAGAUGAGCAUUUGAUCAACUCAAUGAAUAAGAUAAACUUGAAUACUGAUGAUGGAUCAUAG